UUCAGCCAUGCCACGACGAGGGGCGCGUCACACUAAGAAACUUCGUCCCGCAGGAUGUGCUCCACACGCAUCCCCUCGACGCGUUUCAAGCUUGUAUCUUGUUCGAGCGAGUGGGAAUUUAUACGUGAAAAAACGGGGACUCUACCAAGCAUUGAGUGGACAUGGGCAGCGAAGUAGUGGUCGUCGCAAGCUUGCCUCCGGUCCUAAACAAGGCCAAGAGGAUCUGCGAUAGUAAAAGCGAGGUUAGAAAAUUGGCACCCAAGCAGUGCGCCUACCUGAUUGAGAGAGUGGAGAAACUACACAAGUACCUGCUGGAUAUGAUCGACUUCAAACCGGGGCUCCUGGAGGACUGCAAGCCGACCAUCGCCCAGAUUGACAGGGUCAUGGACCGCGCACAGUUUUUACUCCACCGCUGCUCCAGCCCCGACUGGCUCUGGCACGCCGUGCUCAAGAAGGAGCACAAGCUCAAGUUCCAGAUCAUCCUGCAAGAGCUUAGUCAGUGCGUCUACUUUCUAAAGCUCAAGGUCUCGGUGAGUAAAGGUACGUUGAGGCCUGCGCCGCAUGCUUGGGAGUGGCCGGAAUCGGAGAGGCAGGAGCUCAAGGCAGCAGCGAACAUGGACCAGAAAGAUCUGAAAAGAGUAGCGGCGAAGUUGGAAGAUAAAGAGACCGACGUGAACAAGAUCGAGCUCGGGAGGUACCUCUUGGCGGAGGUGGAGAACAAGCGUUCGCAGGAGCUCCCGCUGCCAAAGUACCUGUUUCGCAAUCCAGAGAAAGUGAUUCAAGGUAAGCUCAUUGGAGAAGGAUCCUACGCAUACGUCUACGAGGCUACAUGGCUGGGAAGGACGGUCGCGACCAAAGCUUAUGCUGUGCAGGACCCGAGCUCGGAAAGAGAGCUACAAGCUCUGUUUUAUCUGAGGCACCCCAACAUAGUGAAAAUGGUAGGCUAUACCCAGCGAUCCAAGGAAGGUCCUUACGUUCUCCUCAUGGAAAGAAUGAAGCGCGACCUCCACAAUCUCAUCAAGGACAUAGUACAGAUCAAACCAGGACCUCCCUUCGAGAUGGACGUGGCUGUCGAUAUCGUUCUCCAGAUUGCCAGAGGCAUGGAGUUUCUUCACGCAAACGACGUGAGCCACCUUGAUCUCAAGACAGCCAACAUACUUAUCAAUCUUCCAAGCAACGAAUGCAGCUUUUACACUGCCAAGCUCAGUGACUUUGGACUAUCAGAGACGAAACUCAAAAGUGCACAGACCAAGGUCCCAGUCAGGAGGGGCGGGACAGUAAACUUCAUGGCUCCAGAAAUAUGGAACGAAGAAAAGAAUGCAAGCAGGAAAAAGGCAGACGUUUACAGCUUUGGUAUGACUUGCUACGAGAUCUUCACCGGCAAGGUGCCAUUCGAAGGCUGCUCUUACCCGGCAGCCGGAUUCUUCCUCCGGGUUAAGGACAACAAUCUCAGACCAAUUCUACCACCUGGCUUUCCAAGGUGCCUAUCUCUGUUUUUGCAGUGUUGCUGGCACGGCAGACCGGAAAUCCGACCAACUUUCAAGAAGAUAUGCAAUUACCUCAUAGCGCUCAAAAACGUCCUCACGAUUGGAGAUCCUCCGGAUGCAGUUCCAGAUGGCUAUUACCUGAACUCACCAAUUGGAGAUAUAUUAGACGAGGACAAGCAGCUGAAUGCUAUGGGCACAAGAGACCAUCACGAGGCAAUACUUGCCGCGCUGGAAAGCUUACAAAAAGAAGCGCAAGACAAGCUGCAACCCAAUGCCUCAGGUGCCAAGUACAAAAGCAGGCUCAAAUCGUACAUACGAGACUCAGAGCAUCUGGUGCAUGAAGUAAGAUCACACAAGAACAAAUACAUAGAGUUGCAAUGCAGGGCGGUGACGACAGACGAGGAAGAAGAAAGCUCAAACAGUAACGAGUGUUGGCCGAUCAGGAGGCUAAAGGUUGGACGAAAACAACGGUAAAGGCAUUGCCAGCCAGUAAAUCAUAAAAGCAGAAAAUGGACACCAACCUCAUUGUCUGGCGACAUUUUACUGUUUGAAUGCAUUCCUGCCAAAGGGAUUGUUAGUCUCGGACGUACAAUAUACAUGACGUACCUUUGAGGCA